AGGGAAAGUUCCUAACUGUCAGGGCUGUUGAAGGGGGCUUGAUGGAAGAAAGAAGGGACAACGUCUUGUCAGCAAACAACACUUACAGUUUACAAUUCUUGGAACGCAAAAGACGCGUGUGAAAAUCCCCGAGGAAGGAUACAACGUCGUACAGAACUUAAUUAAGUUUUUAUCGCCGGCGUCACGCUUUCUAUGUCUAAAGUGCAUGGUUCUAGCGGGAAAGUGCUUGAAAUGACAGUCGGUACAGUGAGGAUAAAGCAUAAUAACAUAUUGUCUUAAUUUACCUUCCAACAAGAUGAUUUACUUGCAAUGCGGACUUGCACAAACUUUCUCUCCAAUUUACUUUUUGGUUGCAGCGGGGAUCUUGGCGAUGUUUGACAACAGUAAAACAUUUGGAUUUGAACAAGAGACGGAGAGCUUUCUACAGGGGCUUCCGCAGUACGAGGUCGUUCACCCCUACCGAGUGGACGCCAAAGGUCACUUCCUGUCCAACUUUGUGUCCCACCGCGUCAGCCGGGUACAGCGGCGGGAAACCCAGGGGGAACCAGGAAACCCUACACGGGUGUUCUACCAGUUGCAGCACGGUGGCCACAAUCUGCACUUCAACCUCACCCUCAACCCACACCUACUGGCUCCUGGCUUCCUGACUGAGAGGAGGUACGGUGGCCUGGAGGGGGCCAAAAUACGCAGCCAUGGCCCCUCGCUGUGUCACUUUAUCGGGGACGUGUGGGACCGGGCGACUAUGAAGGGGAGGGCGGCUAUAAGCACUUGUGACGGCCUGACAGGGCUGUUCAAGCUGUCCCAGGAGGACUUCUUUAUCCGGCCAUUGGAGCGGUCUAGUGAUGAGUCGACGGCACCACAAGUCCACAUUAUCUACAAGCGCCACACCUCCCCCACCCAAAGCCAGUUGGUACAGCCCAUCUCUGGAGACCAUACCACCAACGGUACCUGUGGGGUCGAAGAUCCCGCUGCGGCGUUGGAGCGUGUGGAGAGGCAACGGGAGCGCUGGGAGAGACGCCAGCCGAGGAAGAGGAGGAUACGCCAGCGUUCCAUCAGCAGGGAGAAGUGGGUGGAAACGCUGGUGGUGGCCGAUUCCAAGAUGGUGGAGUACCACGGCACCAAGGGCGUGGAGAGCUACGUACUGGCUGUCAUGAACAUCGUGUCAGGGUUGUUUCGUGAUGCCAGCAUUGGAAACCCCAUCAACAUCGUAGUGGUUCGUCUGAUCCUGCUGGAGAAGGAAGAGGAAGACCUGAAGAUCACCCACCACGCUGACAACAGCCUGAGCAGUUUCUGUAAGUGGCAGAAACGUCUCAACGUGAAGGGAGAAGAACACGCGGUCCAUCACGACGUGGCCGUCCUUCUCACCAGAAAGGACAUCUGUACAGCCAUCAAUAAGCCAUGUGAGACCCUGGGCCUGUCUCAUGUGGCAGGCAUGUGUCAGCCCCACCGCAGCUGCAGCAUCAGUGAGGACACGGGCCUGCCGCUGGCCUUCACCGUCACCCACGAGCUCGGGCACAACUUUGGGAUUCAGCAUGAUGGGAACGGCAAUGACUGUGAGCCGAUUGGGAAAAGACCUUUCAUCAUGUCUCCACAGCUCCUGUAUGGCACCUCCACCCCCAGCUGGUCGCGCUGCAGCCGCCAGUACAUCACCCGCUUCCUCGAUCGAGGCUGGGGCUGGUGCCUGGAUGACCCCCCCGUGCGGGACGUGCUGGAUCUGAACUCUGUUCCCCCCGGGGUCCUGUACAGUGCUGCCCACCAGUGCCGCCUACAGUACGGCUCUGGAUCCCUGCUCUGUGACGACGUGGACAACGUCUGCAGUACUUUGUGGUGCACUGUUGGGACAACUUGUCACUCAAAGCUGGAUGGUGCAGUCGACGGGACCAGGUGUGGUGAGGACAAGUGGUGCUUUGACGGGGAGUGUGUGGCGGUGGGACACCAGCCUGAGAGCGUCAAAGGGGGCUGGGCUCCAUGGAGCGAGUGGUCUGCCUGUUCCAGAACCUGUGGGGCCGGAGUUCAGAACGCCCAGAGGGACUGCGUCAACCCAGUUCCCAAGUACGGAGGGAAGUACUGCGUGGGGGAGCGAAGGCGCUACAAGAUCUGUAACAGCACCCCUUGCCCCCCCAACCAGCCCUCCUUCAGACUCAUCCAGUGCAGUCACUUUAACACCAUGCUUUACAAGGGCAAGUUCUACAAAUGGGUGCAGGUCAACAACAGAGUGAACCCCUGCGAGCUGCACUGCCGCCCUCUGAACGAGUACUUCUCAGAGAAGAUGCUGGACGCUGUCAUUGACGGGACCCAGUGCUACGAGGGCAGCUUGAGCCGAGACAUGUGUGUUAACGGCAUCUGCAAGAAUGUGGGGUGUGACUAUGAGAUUGACUCCAACGCGGUGGAGGAUCGCUGUGGGGUUUGCCAUGGCAACGGGUCUACUUGUGAGACUGUGAAGAAGACCUUUAAGGAGAGCGAAGGGCUUGGGUAUGUGGACAUUGGGUUGAUUCCAGAGGGGGCUCGGGACAUUCGCAUCGAGGAGGUGGCUGAGGCUGGGAAUUUCUUGGCUCUCCGGAGUGACGACCCCGGCAAGUACUUCCUGAAUGGCGGUUGGACUAUCCAAUGGAAUGGGGAAUACAAGGCAGCGGGGACGGUGUUCACCUAUGAGAGGACAGGCCAACUGGAGAACUUGACCUCCCCUGGACCAACCCUAGAGCCAGUGUGGAUACAGCUACUCUUCCAGGAGACCAACCCAGGGGUGCGCUAUGAGUACACCAUCCAUAGAGAGACUCUUCUGGACUCAGACAAUGAUAUCCCUAUACCCGGUUUCUUCUGGAAGUAUGGCUCAUGGACUGAGUGCAGUGCCACCUGCGGGACAGGUGUCCAGCGACAGAUUGUUCACUGUGUGGAGAGGACCUCUGGGAUAGUAGAAGAGGGCUACUGUGACCCGUCGAACCGUCCUGACGAUAAACGAGCCAGCUGCAAUGAGGAGCUUUGCCCAGCCAUAUGGUGGGUGGGCGAGUGGCAGAAGUGCUCGACCACGUGCGGUGAGAAGGGCUUGGCCAAGAGGACGGUGCUGUGCAUCCAGGCCGUGGGUCUGGAGGAGAACAGAGCCCUGCAGCCCUCUGAAUGUCACCACAUGCCCAGGCCUGAGUCAGCGGCGCCCUGUAACGCUCAUGUCCCCUGCCCCGCGGACUGGUCCACAGGCAACUGGUCAGAGUGCUCGCUGACGUGUGGCGGUGGUGUGCGGAGCCGUAAGGUUGUCUGUUCCAGAAACACAGGGGUAGACUGUGCCCGAAAGAAUCCUAGUUCCCUUACUCCAUGCUACCUCCAGGACUGUCCUCAAAUCAUCGACGUCUUCGGUGGCAGCAACGACUGGUCUGGCAGUGGCUCGUCCAGCAAGGAAAUCAACGAAAUCAACUCCAUCCCUGACUCCAACCCCUGCCCAAACACAACUACUGACAACUCAGCCAAAAACAAUGUACCGGUGGACGAUUUUUACUACGACUACAACUUCAUCAAAUUCCAUGAGGACAUUUCCUAUGACUUUGGCUUGGGGAACAACGGUAAAGACUUGGUGGAUGAUCUUGGACUAGAUCCACAACAGGAGCCUAAACCAAGCUCUAGUGCAGAAGAACAUGUUUACAGAGAAACUACAACAGAUCCUCCCACAGCUACCUCAUCCAUUUCUACCACUUUUAAGACGACUCCUUUCAUUGGGGAAGUUGAGGAACCACAAGACCCUAACCUGGACAAUGUAGAGGUUGAUGGAAGACCACAGACGGCGAAGCCCAAUGAAGUAGAGCGAGAGGAGGAGGAUGUACUCCUUUCAGAGGACUAUUUUCUACCUGUUUCCACCACACCCUCAGCACCAGUUAUAGAGACCAGGUUUUCACAAAGCUGGAAAGGAACAAACGGUAAUUUUGGUUGGCCUCAUUACCUCAGCUCAGCAGCCAGCCCGGUGUCCACUAGCAUGGGGACCACUGAGAACACACAUGGGCCCCAGAGUGAAGAAAAGGAUGAUGAAAACACUGACAUUUAUGUCCAUUUUGAUGUGGAAGACGGCAAUGUUGGUACAACCAUCGAAUGUACCACCACUUCCCCUGUCAGCCAUGACUAUGAAGAUGGCACCGUACCCACAACAAUGGUAGAAGAGGUGAAAGAAGUGGGUGUUUUGGACUACAAUUCCCACCAGGAGACUGCAAUUGGACUACAAUCCCCUGGCUACCAAGAUGAAACGGAGAGCCCGGUUCCACCCCUGGAUCCACCUUCCCCAGGCCCUGUGUUUGAGUUUGAAACAUACGAGGACAGCUUUUUCACCACAACCCUGUCCCAAUGGGAGGCAACCACCUCUCUUCCAUACGCGCCACCAGCCCCAGACUCCGCUGAGGAUUACAAUGGCGUUUUCCCUGGUGAACCAGACUUUGAUCAGCAGGACUUUGAAAUUGAGCCCAAAGCUGAUAGCGAAGUCAAUUUAGGGGUCACCGACAGUGACUUCACCGUGACCUCACGUCCUGUGUCUCAGGAGCCACAUCUUCCACCCUCUCCUCCCCACCUCUUUCCCAUUCACUCUCAGGAAACCAGGAGAACAUCAAACACAGCCCAUCAACAACUGGAAGUGACUCCUCUCCUCCUACUUAUCUGGAAGGAGACCCUCAGUCUCCACCUGGAAGUGACUCCCCUCCUUCCACUCAUCUGGAAGGAGACCCUCAGUCUCCACCUCCGUCAAUAUCCUCAUCCCCCCAUGCUGAGAUCCAGGGGCAUGGACCCUCCCCUCACAUACCAGCCCCCAGUGGAUGUCACCACAACCACUCCCCAGGAUGGCACGAAACCCAUGCCCCUCACCCAGUCUGAGCCAGCCGUGCCCCUCACCCAGUCUGAGACAGCCGUGCCCCCCACCCAUUCCCCUGAGCCAGCCGUGCCCCUCACCCAGUCUGAGCCAGCCGUGCCCCUCACCCAUUCCCCUGAGCCAGCCAUGCCCCCCACCCAUUCCCCUGAGCCAGCCGUGCCCCCCACCCGUUCCCAUGAGCCAGCCGUGCCCCCCAUCCAUUCCCCUGAGCCAGCCGUGCCCCCCACCCAUUCCCCUGAGCCAGCCGUGUCCCCCACCCAUUCCUCUGAGCCAGCUGUGCCCCCCACCCAUUCCCCUGGGCCAGCCAUGCCCCCCACCCAUUCCCCUGAGCCAGCCGUGCCCCCCACCCAUUCCCAUGAGCCAGCCAUGCCCCCCACCCAUUCCCCUGAGCCAGCCGUGCACCCCACCCAUUCCCAUGAGCCAGCCGUGCCCCCCACCCAGUCCUCUGAGCCAGCCAUGCCCACUCUGCCAACCCAUUCUCCCACCACACUCUGGUGGACACCAGAGCCAACCCCAGUGCCAAGCCAAGCUUCAACUCCAAUUGCCACAGCUUCCUUCUGGAGAGCCGGCAACUGGAGCGCAUGUUCUACUAGCUGUGGUCUGGGGGCCAUCUGGAGGCUGGUGGUCUGCAGCACGGGACUGGAGUCUGACUGUGACCUGACCAAGAGGCCUGUGCCGGCCCGGCGCUGCUACCUCCGACCCUGCUCCUCCUGGAGGAUAGGGAACUGGACCAAGUGUUCCAAGAACUGUGGUGGUGGGGUGACCCUGCGUGAGAUCCAGUGCUUUGACACCAGGGACCAGAGGCCUUUGCGGCCCUUCCACUGUCAGACCGUGUCUACCCGGCCGGUGUCCCGCAUGCCCUGCCUACCCCAGCCCUGCCUGGACUGGUACUCUUCUUCCUGGGGACAGUGCUCUGAGGUGUGUGGGGGAGGGGAGCAGCAGCGUCUGGUUACCUGUCCAGAAGAGGAUCGCUGUGACGAGGACCAUCUACCCAGCAACAUUCAGACCUGUAACAGCCAACCCUGUACCCAAUGGGUCACUGGCUCCUGGGGACAGUGCUCUGCAUCCUGUGGUGGUGGCGUGCAGCGGAGGCUGGUGAAAUGUUUGAACACCAAGACGGAGCCUGGGGAGGAGGAGGAGCAUGCCCAGUGUGACCCUGAGCCCUGGCCAGAAAACAGCCAGAAGUGUAACCUGAAUGAGUGUGACAGCAGCCCCGCUGGGCUCACGUGUCUUCGUGACCGCCUCACGUUCCGUUUCUGUCAGACCCUCCAGUGGCUUGGCCGAUGCCACCUGCCCGCCGUGCGGACGCAGUGCUGCAAGACCUGUGGCCGGCGUUCCCGUGGCAACGAGCGCACGUCCCGUCGCUGAGGUCAGCGAUCAAUAUAGGGUGGACACGGUCACCCACACUCUUACACUCUCACACGCACAGACAUGGACACACACAGACAUGGACACGCACAGACAUGGACACACACAGACAUGGACACGCACAGACAUGGACACACACACAUGGACACGCACAGACAUGGACACGCACAGACAUGGACACGCACAGACAUGGACACACACAGACAUGGACACGCACAGACAUGGACACGCACACACAUGGACACACACACACACAACACAUACAGAUGAUCAGGUAACAGCUCUGGACUUGCAAAAUUGCAGCAUCCAUCUUGUCUAUCUGUCACUGAAGGGUGAAUCUUGAGCUGGAUACACACACACACAAUUUCUCAUACAGAGGUCUAGUGUCAAAUUGGUAGCCUACACUCACCCUGCUGUCCUGGCUACUGGGUCAGAGCUGCUGGGUCAGAGCUCCUCAGUGCUGUUGGGAUAGAGCCACAUUCUGGGGGUUAGGAAAACCAUACCUGAGCUGUACUUGAUUAGUUUGCCUGGUAUAAUGGAACCAAUGGAAUAGUCCCAAAGGUGCUAAUAGAAUUAUAUCAAGCACUCCUCAAAAAAAGGAUUUAACACAUAGUAGGAUGGAACCACAUGUCACAACACAAAUUCCUCCAAACUGUAUAAAGAAGAAACAUGGUUGUUGCUCUCUCUACUGUUGAGAUAAUGAUGUGUUUGUUUGCACAUUUCUCUCUGAUGGAUCCAACUGUUAUUCUGUUUUGAUUGUGAGAAAUGUUGCAGCUGGAACACAUGGUUUAGUCAUAUGUCUGGUUCAGCCAGUAGCAACGUGGACUGGAACACGUGGUUUAGUCAUAUGUCUGGUUCAGCCAGUAGCAACGUGGACUGGAACACGUGGUUUAGUCAUAUGUCUGGUUCAGCCAGUAGCAACGUGGACUGGAACACGUGGUUUAGUCAUAUGUCUGGUUCAGCCAGUAGCAACGUGGACUGGAACACGUGGUUUAGUCAUAUGUCUGGUUCAGCCAGUAGCAACGUGGACUGGAACACGUGGUUUAGUCAUAUGUCUGGUUCAGCCAGUAGCAACGUGGACUGGAACACGUGGUUUAGUCAUAUGUCUGGUUCAGCCAGUAGCAACGUGGACUGGACCAGCGUACUGAUUUAGCAUACAGUUGUUACAAAUUUGUUAACUACAAGAUGACCUUGUAGCUCGUACAAUGCUUUGUCUUGAUAGCAGCUGAUGUAGCGACUAGUACAUGUAGCGUAAGCAACACCACUUGUCAAGUUGGUUCUCAGCUUGUGAACAAUGCUUUAUAACGCAGCUACGUAGUGUAAUUAGAGUUUCAUGAAUGCUUAUGAAGUGAGUAAAAAAAAAAAGCCAAAUUCUUUGACAAUGGUGCUGCGAAAAUAACCUGGUGCUAGAGGCGGCCUCGAGCGUCAAACUCCGUCAGGUGUUGGCUGACCAGUGCCUUUUCUACUUGAAUCCUUCCUUCCAUUAAAGUAUUUGUCUCUAAAUUCUGCCGUUUUAGUAUUUGACAUUUUAGUAUUUGUCUCUAAAUCUCAAUUCAGCUUUGACCUUACGUACAGUAAUGGGAGAAUUGUUGUUCAGUGUACAGGGGAAUAGAAUCAUUAGAGUAAUGUUACUUUUAGCCAUUCUCAGAGAAUUACGGAGGGCAUAGAGGUUUUAGAACAACAGCAAGGGAGGAAUAUAUGAAUUGCUAAUUUAAGUUAUCAGUGCAUUGCUUUUAUAAAUUAGAAUGAAUAAUUUUGUAUGCCUCCAAGAUUGAGUAUUUCUUCUGUCAUUUUGAUGUAGUGAGUGGCUGUCAUAUUUUGUUUAGGCAAUAUGCAAACACUUGACCCGCCUCCCCUAAUUUAUGCACUCAGAUGUGUAAUUAUUACUAAUGAUGAUACAUUGUUCUAAGAAUUAAUUUCCUGUCAAAUGUUUCGCUUUUAAAUCAGUUCUUUCAGAAUUCCUUUGUUUUUGAGGAUACUCUGUUAAAAAACAACUAAAUAUUUUCUUAUCAUGGCACUGAUAAAUCAUCAAUACUUACAGUAGUUUCAACUCUGAGACCUUUAUUCUUAUUCACCUUUCUUUUAACCACUUUUUUUGACGACUUAGUUUAUUUUGUAAAUCUGUGACCACUGAGAGAUACCGUAUAUGUGUCACUUUUGACUUUGAAAUGUCCUUUUUUAGUUUGACCAUACACAUUAGAGUUGAUAAUGAUGAUAAACCUUCAGCAGUCCUUUAUGAGACUCAGAAGCAGUUUAUAUCACUCCUGAUUCAGGGAUCCUUUUAGUCAUGCAACCUGAGGAAAUUAGGAUUUACCACAAGGUUUGUUCUGACAGAUGAGUGAUUAGUCUUGUAAAUGUUUUGCUUUAUAAGUGAUGUAUCCUCUAUGUACAGUCAUGUUUUUCCAGCAUCUUCCCAUUCCUGUAGUGGUGGGACAGGUUAUUCUAUGAGGUUAUUCUAUGCUCUGGGCUAUAUUGGCACCAUCUGUAAGCGCUGUGGUGAGGUUGAACUCUGACUUCCACCUGAGGUUGAUGGUGAGAACCAGGGCAGAGUAGCUGCCUGAGGCUUUCCUUCAGUGGAUAUGUGGCAUACUACUAUUUGUGAAACAACGUUUGCAUAUUCAUCUCUAAAGGGCACAGGGAAAGAUCUCUUUUGUUGUUUCAUCUUGCCUCUUAACAAUGCUCAGCAUGUUCAACAGCACUCAAACCCAUCCACUUACAAAAUCCAUUUAGUCAUGCUUUUUUGUGUUCAUCAAUAGUACAUUUAUUUUGUAACAUAAAUGUUUGUACUUUACAUUUUGUAUUUAUACCACUUCAAAUAAAAUUGUUGAAAAUAAAAA